AUGGAGGUUACGAUUGCUGACAACCAGGCAGCGAUGCCUCCCGAGAUUCUGGCUCUGAUACUGGACCAGCUGUCAACAUCUCGGGACUACUACAAGUCCAUGUUUCGCAUCGUGAGAACAUGUCGUGUCCUGGCUGUCCGGACUCUCCCACGCCUCUACUCGCAAGACGUCACAGACUCGCUCAAGCUUCCUCGCAACCUGGACAUGCCCAUCGCCCUUCAGUGGGCCUGCUGGUUCGGCGCCCUGGGGACAGCGGAGAGGUCGUUGGAUGCUCUAGCCAAUGCUUGCCCGGACCUUGCUGCCAAGCUCAUGAAACCCUUCAACAACGACAACCUCUACAGCUUGCGCUAUCGUAUGGCCACGAGGAGGCGCGCGAUUACCCCCGCGCAUGGCUACAUGCACUGGAAGGAUACCUCCUCUCUGUUGCAUCUUGCUUGCCUCCGUGGAAAUACUGCUAUCGCCAAGCUGCUGAUUAGCAAGGGAAUGCAUCCGAAUACCCUGGACGGGGCCAACCUCACUGCUUUGGCGUACGCGCUCAACCCGGACGUGGCCCGGCUCCUUAUUGAACAAGGAGCCGAUGUCAACAUCAAACCACAUGAUGGUGACGAGACAGCGCUAUGCCACCUCAUCUCCUUGGGUCCAGUGGAGGCCCGUAAAUGGGAGAACGAACUCAACCUGCCGCAAGGUCAGGGUGCUGUGAGAGCAGAGCACACAAUCCAAGAUUUCCCAGGAACCAUCAAGUUUCUCAUACAAGAAGCGGGCGCAGACAUUUACGCAGAAAAGAUUGGUACAACCAAUCCGCUUCAAAACGCUGUUCUGACUCGUCAUGUUGAAGCUGUCAAGCUCCUCCUGGCCGCUGGAGCUUCGCCAAACCCUAUAGAUACGGGGACGGGUAGGAAGAGACUGUUGCUCGCUGAUGCGCUCAGGCCAGGUCACAACCAGGAGGUUGUGAAGCUUAUACUCGACGCCGGAGCCGAGGCUGAUGUCGACGAGGACCCCUACGAAGGGCGCAUCGAGCACCUCCCUAUCAUGAAUCUGACGCUCAGGGGCAGCAACCCUCUGUAUGCGAGGGAGGAGGCUCAGGUAGCACAUAUGGUCUGUGAGCGAGCCAAGAACAUCAAUGUGGUGGUUGACGGACACCCUGCCCUGUGGCACUAUGUGAGGGCGGGUCGGCAGGAUAUUGGCCAGGUUUUGAUUGAGCAUGGGGCGGAUCCUCAGAAGGCAAACGUUGAGGUUCGAGAUACUGUUCUGCCGUUGGUGGCACUGGAUACCCCGAGUGCACAAGAAGAUAGAUGA